AUGGCAUCAUAUCUCGCUGGCAGCGAAGCUUUCACUCGUGAAAGCCAGACCUCCGCACCGGCGGUUCCACAAGCUGCCUGGGCUGACAAGUACCGCGGGGCUACUGUGGAAGACCUCGACCCCCCACCUGCCCUCUCCGUUUCUCCCAAUGACCCGGUCUCGGCUGCUCUGAUGGCCGCCUACGAGCGUGACUAUACCCACCUGACCGUUACGUCUGCUGCGAAGCGGUCUCUCCUUGGCUACCUGAGUAUUCCACGGCUCAAGGAGCUCAUCCAGAACGGUACCGUCAAAGAAACAGACACAGUAUCCUCGGCCAUGCAACGGUUUAACCGGAAACGCGGCAUCUACCAGGUGAUCACCAUGGAGACUCCCUUGGAAGAGCUGGAACAAUUCUUCGAGAGCGAGACUGGCCCCAACGGCGACAAGCGUGACAAGGAGCAAUUCGCCGUUGUCACUGAUGUGGCACGCAAGUUUGUAUUGGGAGUUGCUACGAAGGCGGAUCUGGAGGAAUUUGUGAAGCGGAGACCAACAUGA